GAACCAUUAAUUUGUUGUGGUUUCAAUAUACAAUUAUAUAUAAAUCCAUCAUCUCUCUCUUCCCUUAAGUUUUAAGCAUUCAAGGCCCUUUUUUAAUCAAUAGGUAACUCUUAAUAUCACAUUAGACAUAGCCAUGUACCCAUCACCGCCUCAGUUUGGGCAACAGGCUCCAGCAGCUGGUGUCCCGAUUACCUCAACAAACCAGCAACCUUUUGCUCAAAAUUACACGCAGCCAGCAGGGAAGGUCCCUUGGUCGACUGGACUCUGUGACUGCGGCUCUGAUGUUCCAAACUGUUGCAUCACAUGUUGCUGUCCUUGCAUCACCUUUGGCCAGAUUGCUGAGAUCCUCGACCAAGGAUCAACCUCUUGCGGUGCAAGUGGAGCUCUUUAUGCUUUAAUUGGUAGCUUUACCGGGUGUGCUUGCAUUUACUCCUGCUCCUAUCGCUCUAGAAUGAGGACUCAAUACAUGUUGGAGGAGAGCCCCUGCGGGGAUUGCUGUGUCCAUUUUUGCUGCGAGGCGUGCGCCUUGUGUCAAGAAUACCGCGAGCUCAAAAACCGUGGAUUCGACAUGUCUCUUGGAUGGCAAGGAAACAUGCAGAUGCAGCAAAAUCGUGGAUUGCCAAUGGCUCCAGUGGUGGAAAGUGGCAUGAAAAGAUAAAGAGUGAUGAUUUUGAUGAUCUCUUCUUGAAGAUAUAGCUACUUACUUUCUAGUUGUCAGGACCUAAAGGGAUUUGGAAAAAAAAAAAAUUGUUGAAUUGCAUUGCGAUAAUGAAAAUGUAAUUUCACAUUUGUGCGCUGUUUAUUAUAAAGUACAUUUUGUGUUCAUAAUA